AGAUUUCGGAUCCUCUAGUCCGCCAAAGGCCAGCUGACACGCAGCAGCGGCUCUUUCCGUUUGUGUCCGUCUCUUCCUACCUACUUCCCGUAGGUCUGCUGGCCUCCCUGGAAAGGCGCUCUAAGGGGCGCUAUCCCCCUGGUGCGCGCGAUUGCAUCUAUCCCCCUCUUCAACCCUCCUCCCCUUCCGGAGAUAGACGGUGUACUCAGGUUCCAGUCGAAGUCGCGACCGCGUUCUCAGCCGAUCCGAUUGAUCAUGAAGACACUCGGCCCGGAUUUCCGCCGACUUUCGUCGUUCGUUAUUUUUCUCGUGACAUGUUGACAUGAUCUCGUGAGAGGGAGAACGUCUUGUGAUGCCGAUGUGUCGGAAGUGAUCCGAAGUCUCCGAGUCCAAAGUCAUUUGGAGGAUCCCAGGAUUCCCUGGAACUGAGGAGACGAGGAUCACAGAUGAACGGUCUCGAUCUAUCACGUUCCACGGUUGUGGAUUGCAAGAUGAACAACGGAAGCAGCGACGAAGGCGAGUCGACGUCGGGCGCGACAGGCGGAGGUGGCGGCAACGAGAACGCAGAAAUGGAGGAGAACGGAUCGACUCGCACGAGCAGCAACAGCAGCAGCAACAAUCCUCCCGCUUACAGAGAUUCGAGACCCCAUCAUGCUGGCAGCGUGCACGAGAUAGCCCAAGAUUACAACCAGCAAUCCAGGAUUGCUGCCUAUCAGCAGCGUAGCUACUCGCCUGAGAUGGAAUUGCGGCAGCGCAAGAAGCAUCAACCGUCGCCAUCUUCUCGGGAGGAGGAGAGAAAAUCGUCCUGGGAUUACAGCGAGACGAAUUCGCGGAAGGAGUACUCGAGAUCGCGGGAUUACAGCAACGAGUAUCAGAACGCGAUAAAGCAGGACUCCAAGGAUCACUCGAGUCGCGAGUGGGUGUCACCAGUCCCGGAGGUCGAGGUCGGCGGUUCAGCACCGGGUGGUCCAUACGUUCGGGCACGCAAGGACAUUCCUCGCGGCGCGAGAUUCGGCCCGUACCUCGGCAAAUGGGCAAGCGAGCCUUUCAACCCCCGUUACGCGUGGGAGAUUUGCAUAGCCGGCAGCGGAGUAAGAGGCUGGUUAGACGCAUCCCAUGAGACGAACAAUUGGCUGAAAUACAUUCGAAGUACUGCUAGUCCGCACGCAGUAAACAUGCGUCACGUGCUCAUCGGCGGUCAAAUGGUGUACGAAGCUGUUCGCGAUAUUGUAACGGGCGAAGAGCUUCUUCUAGGCCUUCGGGAACCACUUCAGCUGCAGGACAUGCUGGGUGAGAAUACAACCGAGGACAGAAGCGAUCGAGAGACUGCUUCACAGCACAGUGGAACUGUCGACGAGGACAAGGAGGACGAAGAAGAAGGAGAAACAAGAUGCACCGUCUGUGACAAACCGUUUCAAGAUAUCGAGCUAUUGGAUAGCCACCUGGUGACUUGUCACAGAUACCCAGCGGAGCAGCACCGUUGCGACAGCUGUCCCCGUGCUUACGCCUGGCGGCCGCUUCUGGUACGGCAUCGCGCUAUCGUUCACGGUGAUCUCCGAAAUUAUCCCUGCGAGAAUUGUCCGAAGUCGAACAUUCGGCAGGUCUUCACGGACCCGUCCAAUCUACAGCGCCAUAUCAGAACGCAUCACGUGGGUGCCAGGAGCCACGCUUGCACGGAGUGCGGCAAGACCUUCGCGACCAGUUCCGGCCUAAAGCAGCACACUCACAUCCACAGCAGCGUGAAGCCGUUCCAGUGCGAGGUCUGUUUCAAGGCGUACACGCAGUUCUCGAAUUUAUGCCGGCACAAGCGCAUGCACGCCGACUGUCGCAUGCAAAUCAAAUGCGUUAAAUGCGGACAGUCCUUCAGCACGGUGACGUCAUUGUCAAAGCAUAAGCGAUUUUGCGAUUCUACAACUCCGACCGGUCCGCCUGGAACUAUGCCGCAGUUACCGCCGACGACGAGUCCCUUCCUGGUGUAUCCACGAGCUCCCGUGAGUCUGCCAGGCGGUCUACCUUUCUACCCACCUAGUCUGAUGGCUCCAUAUCCGGGAAUCUUUCCGAACGCUCCGAAUUUCCUGAAUACACCUCUGCUCUUCCCGCCGAAGAUCGAGGAACCUGAAAAAAGGAGCGAAAGCCCCAAGAAGGAACGAUUCACUCCCCCGAGGGUACUGCCGCAACAUAACAAGGUGUCUCCUUCCACGGCAGAGGAAGCCACAUCUACCUUCAGACCGUCUCCGGCUAGACCUCCGGUUCAACCGACUCCGGAGAGCGAUGACGAUCUAUCCAAGAGAAGAGAAGUAAGCAGAAGCAAUGAGCGAAAAAUGGAAAGCGAGAACGUGUCGAAUGUCUCGAAAGAAGAAACGACGGAACAACCACUGGAUUUAAGGGUGCAAACCAGGAAACAGGACGCCACCGCGAAAGCCGCGAACAGGAAGAGUCGCACACCAUCGCCGGCACUGGUGCAGAUGGAGGAAACACCUGCACCUCCUGAUCCCCCAAAACCGGAAGAAGACAUUGUUGCUCCACCGCCAAUGGAACUCGAGUCCAAGGAUGUACCUAGCAGUCCUCAGCAACUGAGGACCAGUCUACCGACUGAACAACCACCGACCAAUACGCCGCCGCAUAUGGCUUAUCCCAGACCGAUACAUCCAAUGUUUCUCGAAUCGAUGUAUCGCGGUCCUACGGGAACCUUUCCGGGAUUUCCCGGUGCGCCGCCACCCCCGAGUGCAGCCGCCCCGGAGUCCAGACUGAUACCUCCGCUCCCACCCUUUGGCCCACCUCGCGGGCUUCCUUUUUUAGGCUCACUUAUGAACGGGCUCAGCGGCGCUAGACCAGGAAGUGGCUUCGAUUUGCUCGCCCGGCCACCGCUGAGCGCGUUCCCCGGCGUAAAACCAUUUCAGGAGACCGUGAUGGCGCCCCAUCACCACCACCAUCAUCACCACCAUCACCACGUCCACGGCAAGAUGAAGGAUCGGUACUCCUGUAAGUUUUGCGGCAAGGUGUUUCCUCGCUCGGCCAAUCUGACGAGGCAUCUGAGGACCCACACCGGCGAGCAGCCGUACAAAUGCAAGUAUUGCGAGCGAUCCUUCAGCAUUUCCAGCAACCUGCAGCGACACGUCCGGAACAUCCACGACAAACAACGACCGUUCAAGUGUCCACUCUGCGAGAGGUGCUUCGGCCAGCAGACCAAUUUGGACCGACACCUUAAGAAGCACGAGGCCGACGACGGUAGCGGCGUAGUCUCGGUUGCCGACUCGCCUGGCAGUAGCAACGAAAACGAGCGGGAGGACACGUAUUUCGACGAGAUCAGGUCUUUCAUGGGCAAGGUUACUUACAGCGGAGAAGGUGGAUACGGGUUACCCCAUCCGGCUUAUAUUCCCAAUCGACUACGGGAGAUGAACGAGAGUAAGAUGGAGGUCGAGUACGACGAGGACGAAGAUAGCGAAGAAGGUGCGUCUCCUCUAGAAGAAACGGACGGACUGUCGCCGAUCGAGGCGAAGAAGUCACCGUCGCCCUCGCAGUACGACUUGAAGCUUAGGGAGAAGCAGGAGCUGCUCAAUAAUAACACUGCGGAGCCAGUGAUCGAGAUCUCAACAUAGCCCAGAGGUCGAACCGGGUGAUUUGCGUUUCGAAGAAGAGCUCGUUUUCCCUUAAUGUAAUGUAUAGAAUCAUUUGCGAGUAACCGUUCCGUCUCAGGACUCUCGACGAUUUUGACGGUGUUACUUGGAGAAAUAACGUCCCGACGCGCAGGACCCUAUACCUUUAGCUUAGAAUAGUCUGCCGAUACACUUCAACUUUGCAGAACAUCGAUACUUGCACUUUCACGAGACAAACGUAUUUUCCAGUUAUAAUAAUGCGGAUUAUUCUCCGGUGAUGAUACCGUAAAUUUUUAUGAAAGACAGCCGACAGUGAUAAUUACAAUUACGUCAGUAUACUCAUUCUCCGGAGAAGUUUUCGAGGAAUAUAAUCACAAAGAAUUGAAACCCCAAUUAUACUUGUAAAACACAACACACGUGCUCUAGAAAAGAAUGCAAAGAACUCAGCGAAUGAAAUGCCUGAAGACUUUAUUGACGCAAUCCUUUUUUACGCUAUACAUUUGUUUGCACUAGGCAUCAAGAACAACAAAAGGACCAGUUAGCCUUCUUCCUUCACACACACACACACACAAACACAAACACAUACAUAGAUACACCCAUCAGAAGCUCUUCUAUCACCUAGUUCUAUAGUUUCUACAGAUUCGUUAAAUGAAUAUAUAAUACGCGCACAUAAAAUUAAAUAAUUACUACCUUUCCUCAUCCCUCUUUGUCCUUGGCAUCGAUUGAAAGAAGCGCGCGAUAUAACAUUAUUUAUUACUAUUAUUAACAGAGUUAAUUUAUCGUUAUUAUUACAUCGUCGCUCGGCAAAGAGGAUCGUCGUAUACGUCAUAAGCAUCGAACGAUUUACAAAGAUUUGUUGAACUUGCUUGCAAUGUAUCCACCAUGAUCGAUAAUCCAAUCACACACCGACGUUUGUAAAUCCUACAUAUAUACAUAUAUCUAUGUGUGAGUUAUUCUCAACCGAUUUGUUUUUAACAGUGUAUUAUAGUAUCGCGUUAAGUUACGUUCAGAACUCGCAGGAUGAACUCUUCGAGUAAUCGCGCAAGUUAGAUUUGUUGUAAAAAUCUUAUCGUAUAAGAGAUGAUGAUCGCGCUAAUAAUCACUUCGAUCGUUUUCAAUCUUGAGGAUUGUCCGAAAGUUUUAUUAGAAUAUAGCUGAAACAAAGAUUAUGUAAUAUUAGCAAGAGUGAGACGAAACAACGAGGAAAAAAUUCCAUUUUUGAUGCGGGAUUCGUCAGAUAAGAUAUUUCGGAUCUGAGUGAAACGAGGAAAUUUUUUUAGCAUCAGAUUUGUGUAUUAAAAGAAAGAAAUGAUGUACGAAAUCAUGAGAAGCGAAGAAAUUCACGUGAAGAGAGAAUAAUGUGUAAUUAAAUAAUUAGAAGAGAAGAAACAAAAUCUUAUGGCGAAAAGAACUGUGUACAAAUUUCUCUAUUAGGUCAUAUAUAUUAACAUUUGUAAAGAGAUAAGAGGAAAGAUUCUUCCCCGAUUUUUAUUAAUAUAUAAAAAAAUAUAUAUAUAUAAAUAUGAUUUUUUCUAGGAGUUUCUUUUUUCUCGAGAUCAAAAAAGUGGGACAGGAAAGAAGUCACAAUUAGCGAACCAUAUCGUUCCUCGCGUUUUAUUCACCCCCAGUAGGAAUAUUUAAGAAGAAACGCGUCUUUAAAACCGACGACGAGAAAGUUAAGUUAACGACGAGAGAUUAAGCAUACAGUAUAUUACAUGUGUACUAAGUACGCUCGCGAUUAAUAAACAAAAUAAAUGAUACAAAGAAUUAUAUUGUCCGUUUGUAAUCACCGAGAGUUGGGGUUUCACUUGUUUUUUCACGUAAAGAUUUUACGAAUACACAUUCUACAUAUCUCUCUGUCUUUCUCUGUCUCUUUCUAUCUCUUUCUCUCUCUCUCUUUCU